GACUGAGCACCUGAACUGAACUGUUUUAAGAAAUGUAUUACCUAAUAAGAUUUCAUGUGAAAUGAAAGUUGCUCAGUUGUGUCUGACUCUUUGCAACUGCAUAGACUAUAUUGUCCAUGGAAUUCUCCAGGCCAGAAUACUGGAGUGGGUGACCUUUCCCUUUUCCAGAGGAUCUUUCCAACCCAGAGAUCGAGGUCUCCUGCAUUGCAGGCGGAUUCUUUACCAACUGAGUCACAAGGGAAGGGAUCAAGACUCCAGGUCAUUUCAGUGAGCCUGGUACUUUCCAGAUCUCAUAGGAGGUGUGACAACUAUGUUAAUGUAGAAGUUGUCAUGAAUGCACUUGACAUUUUGAGAGUCCUGCAGCGUCUGUCAUGUGAAUGGUUUCUGAUGAUUAUUCUCAAGUAUGUACUGCUAAAAGUACUGAGGUGUUGCUUAGGUUCGUAAAUGGAAAGAAAUGCUUAAUUCAAUAACCAGUGUAAUGUCGUUGAGAAUAAAAAUAAUUGUUUUUUCCUUCCGAGUUCUUACUACAGGUUGUUCUAGACCAAGGUCACAAACUUUUCCUGUAACGCCAACAUGACAAAUACUUCGGACUCUGUUGGGUAGAUAGCCCCUGCUACAGCUAGUCAGCUCUGCCUCGUGAAAGCAGCCAGAGACAGUGCCUCGACCAGUGAUCAUGGCUGUGUUCCAGUAAGACUUGAUUUAGACAGAUGGAGAUCUGACCUUUGCCCAUGGCCAUUGUUUGCUGGUCCUUUUCUGGAGGAAAUUUCUUCUUGCCAAGACUCACUUAUCACUGUUGGUGACAGAGUCUCACUUUGGGCCUUAAUCACGGAUACUGCUGUUUGUUAUGCACAUGACUUGCUUAUCGUUCGUGUUUGGGUGCUGUGUUCAUCUUACGUUUCUUUUGCACUACAUUCAAUUUAGUGAACAUAUGCCUCAAGCCCUGCCGUCUCUGGUGUCUUAAGAUACAAAAAGAUGAUUAAGACAUACUGUCUGCCCUUACAGAACCUUAUAGUGGUUGGGGAGAUCAACACAUAAAUGGGUAACUUUACUGUUGUUAUUGCUAGAGUAGCUAUGCAUAAAAUGUUACUGGGUCCACAAACAGGACAAAAAUUAAUACCACAUUUCUUCUUCAGGUGACGUCUCAGUCCCUUGCACUCAGUCCUUUUUAUAGGAAAGAGUUUUCUCUUUUCAUGGCCCGAUGUAUCGGAAAAUCAAUCUAUAUCUAAAUAAAUGUUUUAUUUAAAAAGAGCAGAGAGUUUAGAAAUCAUAAGUGUCUAGAUUAUGGUCAUGGAGGGAUUAUUCACAGAUAGUGAUAGCAGAUUACUUUGGAUAUGCUUUGUUUCAGAAGAGUAGGUAUUAAUUUUCGGUUUCUCUUUCAAAUGAGGAGAGGUAAAGAUGACAUGUAAAACAUAGUCCUCUAAUCCGGGGGAGUGAAUUUUGUGUGAAGAGUGCAUUUCCACAGCUGGUGUAUGCUACCUUGGUUAAGAUCCUGUUCAUCAGGUUAUUCAGAGCUUCGCUUUGAGCAGCUCUUUCCUGUUACUAUCAGGGUCUCUGUGGCCAUGGGGUGUUUAUCUGCUGGGUUUACUCCAGUGGAUGGUGUUCACCUGAGCGUGAAGAGUUCACAGGCUACACCUGAGCUCCGUGGGGUAGACGUGCGAUCACUUGGUGGGCUCUGUCCUGGGCGGCGGGCGUGGAGGAUGACUGCCCUCGCCCUAGCUCACACCUAAACUGCAGGAAGCCUGAGGACUGAGUGUUUUUCCAUUGGUUGAAUGUCUUUAUCCACUGAGGUUUUGGGAUGUACUGCUGCGUGGUGGGCUAGUAGGAUUUGUAUGGUCAGGCCACUCACGAUGGCUGUUGUCUUGUCCUCUGUCCAUCCUCUGGCUGACCAGUGCUUGCUUCACCUGUACUUAGGUGUGGGACUGAUCUUCCUAGGUACUUGCCCCAGGCCCCAGCUGUGGACUGUUCUUAUCAAAGGGGUGGUGCACUCCUCCACUGGUUUCCAUGGUAACUAAUGAGCCCACCUGAAGUCAAUGUCAGUUCCUUUAUUACUGGUAAUCCACCCUCCCCCUCCACACUCCUCAGGGAGCGAAGAUGACUUAGGCCGCCAUGUCUUGCCCUCUGUGUACUGCUCGAGGUGGGGUGUUGCUCCAGGACCUUGCUUCAGACCUGUGCCUACGGCCCUGAGUACUGGGUCACGUCCAGCGUCAGCUGUGGGGGCCGUCAGCAGUCGCCUAUCGACAUUUCAGACCAGCACGCACGCAUCAGUGAGGAGUACCAGGACCUGCAACUUGAUGGCUUCGACAACGAGUCUUCUAACAAAACCUGGAUGAAAAACACAGGGAAAACAGUUGCCAUCCUGCUGAAAGACGACUAUUUUGUCAGCGGCGCUGGCCUGCCUGGCAGAUUCAAAGCUGAGAAGGUGGAGUUUCACUGGGGCCACAGCAAUGGGUCUGCCGGCUCUGAACACAGUGUCAACGGCAGGCGGUUUCCCGUGGAGAUGCAGAUUUUCUUUUACAAUCCAGAUGAUUUUGACAGCUUUCAAACCGCCAUUUCUGAAAACAGAAUAAUCGGAGCUAUGGCUAUAUUUUUUCAAGUCAGUCCAAGGGACAAUUCCGCACUGGAUCCUAUUAUCCACGGGUUGAAGGGCGUCGUCCAUCACGAGAAAGAGACCUUUCUGGAUCCUUUCAUCCUCCGGGACCUCCUGCCUGCAUCCCUGGGCAGCUAUUACAGGUACACAGGUUCUCUGACGACCCCACCGUGCAGCGAAAUUGUGGAGUGGAUAGUGUUCCGGAGGCCCGUCCCCAUCUCUUACCAUCAGCUCGAGGCUUUUUAUUCCAUCUUCACCACGGAGCAGCAAGACCACGUCAAGUCAGUGGAGUAUCUGAGAAAUAACUUCCGGCCACAGCAGGGCCUGAAUAACAGGGUGGUGUACAAGUCUGCCGUUCGUGACGCCUGGAACCACGACAUGACGGACUUCUUAGAAAACCCACUGGGGACGGAAGCCUCUAAAGUCUGCAGCUCCCCGCCCAUCCAUAUGAAGGUGCAGCCGCUGAACCAGACCGCGCUGCAGGUGUCCUGGGGUCAGCCGGAGACCAUCUACCACCCGCCCAUCAUGAACUACAUGGUGUCCUACAGCUGGACCAAGAACGAGGACGAGAAGGAGAAGACGUUCACCAAGGACAGCGACAAGGACUUGAAAGCCACCAUCAGCCACGUCUCCCCUGACAGCCUUUACCUGUUCCGGGUCCAGGCCGUGUGUCGCAACGACAUGAGGAGUGACUUCAGCCAGACCAUGCUCUUCCAAGCUAAUACCACUCGAAUAUUCCAAGGGACCAGAAUUGUCAAAACAGGAGUGCCCACAGCAUCGCCGGCCUCUUCAGCUGACAUGGCCCCCAUCAGCUCAGGCUCUUCCACCUGGACAUCCUCCGGCAUCCCCUUCUCCUUUGUCUCCAUGGCGACUGGGAUGGGCCCAUCCUCCAGCGGCAGCCAGGCGACCGUGGCCUCGGUGGUCACCAGCACGCUCCUGGCCGGCCUGGGCUUCAGCGGCGGAGGCAUCUCCUCCUUCCCCAGCACGGUGUGGCCCACGCGCCUGCCCACGGCCGCCUCGGCCAGCAAGCAGGCCGGCAGACCCGUCCUGGCUACAACCGAGGCCUUGGCCAGCCCGGGCGCCGACGGCGAUUCAGCACCCAGCAAGGAUGGCGAGGGCGCGGAGGAGAGCGAAAAGGACGAGAAGAGCGAGAGCGAGGACGGCGAGCGGGAGCACGAGGAGGAAGGCGAGAAGGACUCCGAGAAGAAGGAGCGGAGUGGGGUGACCCACGCCCCACGGGCGCGCAAUCACACCCAGCCCACCGCUGCGCCCUCGGCCCCCGGCACCACUGCCCAGGAGGGCGCGCAUCAGACUACAUCCGGGCGCGAGCGGGCCCACACUGCCAUCCCCACCGCCCGGCCCCAGGACGCCCUGGACCCCCUCUCGGUCACCCCCACCCAAGUGCCCCCCACAGUCACAGAGGAGCAGGACGAAGACAGUGAUCCUGCGAGGCCCGAGAUGCCAUCCAGGAAGCCUGUGCCCCCAGGGGACCGGUUUCCCGAGGACAGCAGGUUCCUCACUGUUAACCCAGCAGAGAAGAACACCUCUGGGAUGAUAAGCCGGCCUUCCCCGGGGAGGAUGGAGUGGAUCAUCCCUCUGAUUGUGGUGUCAGCCUUGACCUUCGUGUGCCUCAUCCUUCUCAUUGCUGUGCUCGUUUACUGGAGAGGGUGUAACAAAAUAAAGUCCAAGGGCUUUCCCAGACGUUUCCGUGAAGUGCCUUCUUCUGGGGAGAGAGGAGAGAAGGGGAGCAGAAAAUGUUUUCAGACAGCUCAUUUCUAUGUGGAAGAUAGCAGUUCACCUCGGGUGGUCCCCAAUGAAAGUAUUCCAAUCAUUCCUAUUCCGGAUGACAUGGAAGCCAUUCCUGUCAAACAGUUUGUUAAACACAUCGGUGAGCUCUAUUCUAAUAACCAGCACGGGUUCUCCGAGGAUUUUGAGGAAGUCCAGCGCUGCACGGCUGAUAUGAACAUCACUGCAGAACAUUCCAAUCAUCCAGAUAACAAGCACAAAAACAGAUACAUCAAUAUUUUAGCAUAUGAUCACAGUAGGGUGAAGUUAAGACCUUUACCAGGAAAAGACUCUAAGCACAGCGACUACAUUAAUGCAAACUAUGUCGAUGGUUACAACAAAGCGAAAGCCUACAUCGCCACCCAGGGACCGUUAAAGUCCACGUUUGAAGAUUUCUGGAGAAUGAUUUGGGAACAAAACACUGGAAUCAUUGUCAUGAUUACGAACCUUGUGGAAAAAGGAAGACGAAAAUGUGAUCAGUACUGGCCCACCGAGAACAGUGAGGAGUAUGGAAACGUUAUUGUCACCCUGAAGAGCACAAAAGUACAUGCCUGCUACACUGUUCGUCGUUUCUCAGUCAGAAAUACAAAAGUGAAGAAGGGGCAGAAGGGAAAUCCCAAGGGGCGGCAGAAUGAACGUGUAGUGAUCCAGUACCACUACACGCAGUGGCCCGACAUGGGAGUUCCGGAGUACGCCCUCCCAGUGCUGACCUUCGUGAGGAGGUCCUCGGCAGCCCGCACGCCGGAGAUGGGGCCUGUCCUGGUGCACUGCAGCGCUGGUGUGGGCCGGACAGGCACCUACAUCGUCAUUGACAGCAUGCUGCAGCAGAUAAAAGACAAAAGCACAGUCAACGUCCUGGGGUUCCUGAAGCAUAUCAGGACUCAGCGCAACUACCUCGUCCAGACUGAGGAGCAGUACAUUUUCAUCCACGAUGCCUUGUUGGAAGCCAUUCUUGGAAAGGAGACUGAAGUGUCUUCCAGUCAGCUGCACAGUUACGUUAAUAGCAUCCUCAUACCAGGAGUAGGAGGCAAGACACGACUGGAAAAACAGUUCAAGCUGGUCACACAGUGCAAUGCAAAAUAUGUGGAAUGCUUCAGUGCUCAGAAAGAGUGCAACAAAGAAAAGAACCGAAACUCUUCAGUCGUGCCAUCUGAACGUGCUCGAGUGGGUCUUGCACCGUUGCCUGGAAUGAAAGGAACGGACUACAUUAAUGCUUCUUAUAUCAUGGGCUAUUACAGGAGCAAUGAGUUUAUUAUAACCCAGCACCCUCUGCCGCACACCACCAAGGACUUCUGGAGGAUGAUUUGGGAUCACAACGCGCAGAUCAUCGUCAUGCUGCCGGACAACCAGAGCUUGGCUGAAGAUGAGUUUGUGUACUGGCCCAGUCGAGAAGAAUCCAUGAACUGUGAGGCCUUUACCGUCACCCUUAUCAGCAAAGACAGACUGUGCCUCUCUAAUGAAGAGCAAAUCAUCAUCCAUGACUUUAUCCUUGAAGCUACACAGGAUGACUAUGUCCUCGAAGUUCGACAUUUCCAGUGUCCCAAAUGGCCCAACCCGGAUGCCCCCAUCAGCAGUACUUUCGAGCUUAUCAACGUCAUUAAGGAAGAGGCCUUGACAAGGGAUGGCCCCACCAUUGUCCAUGAUGAGUACGGCGCGGUUUCAGCAGGAAUGUUGUGCGCUCUCACCACCUUGUCCCAGCAACUGGAGAAUGAAAAUGCCGUGGAUGUGUUCCAGGUUGCAAAAAUGAUCAAUCUGAUGAGGCCUGGAGUAUUUACAGACAUUGAACAGUACCAGUUUGUCUACAAAGCGAUGCUCAGCUUGGUCAGCACUAAAGAGAACGGAAAUGGCCCCAUGACAGUGGACAGAAACGGUGCUGCUCUCACCGCGGACGAGUCGGACCCUGCCGAGAGCAUGGAGUCGCUGGUGUGACUGAAAUCGUGAAAGAGUGCUUCAUUUGUAAACCUUCUGAAGACUGAGAACUUUCUUGAGGCCUUUUUUUUGCCAGACUCUAGGUCUAGGUUAUAUGAUAACCCAGUUACUUUUUUACACUGAUAAAAGUUUUGAUAUUUAUUUUUUGCCAUUUUAUGUCUUAAUGGUAUCCUACUGAGCAUUUGCACCUCUGUUCAUUUCCCACAGUGAGACGCGGUUUUACCUCGUUUGCACUAUCUGAUCAGUGUUACUGCCUAUAAUCUGAUACUACAGCAAACCCUGACGUGACAUUCCACGACACCAUACAUGCUACUUUUUAAUUCAGUAUAGUGAAGGUCUUUGUUAGGACAGUGACUCUUGAUUUUUUUUUAAUUAUUAUUACUCUUGCUAAAGCAGCUGCAUCCUCCCAGCAGGCAAUGCUGUCCUUUUCCUCAGUCCUCUCCUGUUUUUUAAGGCACUGCUCAGUACUUCUGUAUGCCUUCUGUGUUUUAAUGGAGUGGAUGAGCAGUUUUCUUUUAAAGAAUAGUGGGUGGGGGGAGCUACUCUGAAGGUCUGUCCGUGUCCUGGCCUUGAGAGAGUCCCAUUUGUGAUGGUGAAGGUGUCCAUUAAGAAACAAGAAGGUUUAAGAGUCAUCUGAUGUGAACAUCACUUCCUAGUUUCAAAGUUAUAUUCCUAGCUUUAAACAAUGCCCAACUGUGUCGAAAUAAAGGCUAUCUCUGUAUUACAGUUUUCACAGUAGCUAUGUGGACAGUGUGUGUGUUAUUUCCAUUUUGACUCUCUGAAAUAGUUAUAUCCCUGCCCCCCAAAUCAGGGCCAUCUUUUACAAAAGAGAGGUGGCAGUAUUUUACAUAACUCCAGUUAUAAAACGCUUUAGUGAGUCUUCAUUAAUGCCUCAUGGUUUAUAAUUUCAUACCUCUUGGCAGGUGGAAUAAUGCAAAUCUUGGCAGGUGUGUAAUUUUGAAAGUAGUCCUAGAAAAUAUUACUAUUACUCAUAUAGCAAUCUAAUAAAAACUACCUAUAGAGUUAACAUUCUUACAUUCUUUUCUUUCCUUUUUUUUUUGUCAAAUAUUUCAUGAUAAAGCUCAUUAAUUACAUGCAUUCUUCUACUUAAACUGAAAAUAUUGUAUUAAUUAGCAAAAAGUCUUGGGACCAUCUAGGUUCCUCCACAUGGAGAAAUCUGACUUGGAGAGAGACAAUUAGAAUCUUGAGUGAAAGGUAACAGUGACAUUUUCAAAGAGUUUUAACAGUAGGAGACAGCUUUGUACGCUUUUAUGUAUUUUAGCCUCAAAAACAGGUUCACUUCAGUAAGAGAGACUGCUCCUAGGGACUCAGAGCCCAGGGAAGUAAUUUCCCAGAGCCACAUUCACCCUGCCAUCCAUCGUGGGAAAAUCAGCGUUCACAAGAAAUUUCAGUUCAGCAAGUUAGAAAGAUAAGCUACUUACUGAGAUCCGUUUCUUCUGGUGCAUAUUUGCUUUUGAGAGGUGACUUCUGUCAGAAGUUAAGCCAUCACCAGGACUGAGCCUGUGAAGAGGAAAAGGGUUUUGGUGGUUUUUACUUUUUUAUGUCAGUAAACAUCAACCAACAGGUCACACUGGCUAUGACCAUACUGUCUGGCUAGGCAUUAAAACAUCCGUGAUAAGCAGCACUGAGACUCUGUUUAUCCUGAGUUGAUUUUCCAUGAAGUUUGUCAGAGCGGAGCUCAAAGGACCAAAGCUGCUGAGGCCUCCUGGCCCGGGGUUUCUAACACACGGGCCAGGUCAGCCAAGUUUUCAUAAACAACGUAACUUGCCAGGAUUCAUCUCAUCUUCUCAUCGCACAGAUUCAGCCACACAGGGUAGUCCACUCCUCACGAACUGUGAGGGCUUGGCUUGCUUGAGAAAAUGUGAACAGGAGAGCCCAGCUGUGUGUGGUGGAGGACACAGGCUCGCUCACCAUCCCUCCGCUCCCAUUGGAGGUGACGUGCGGAGCCUCUGCCUGACACCUGAGGGAAAAUCCUGACCUCACCAACUCUACCGCCAUGGGCUGGCUGAGGGAGACCAGGAAGGGGAAGGUUUCAGCACGGUUUCACCUCCUCGUGGCAAGAGCUAGGUCACUGUAGUCCAUUACGGAGCUCACUUCAGCUGCACAGAAUGUUGACAUGAGCUGACUCUCCUCAGUAUAUGGCACAGUGGACCUGACUUUCAGAAGUAACAUUCAGGUUGGGGUUUGUGGUCCCUCUAAUUUUUUCAGGACACAUGGCAAGUAUUCCCUUCUGUGCUAUUGUUCACUCAGUCGUGUCCGAGUCUUUACAACCCCAUAGACUGCAGCCCGCCAGGCUUCCCUGUCCUUCACUAUCUGUGCUAUUACAGAGGGCCCAAUUCAUGGACAUUGAUACCCUCCAAUUCUGUGACCGUCUCUUCCAUGGGUAUCAGAAUCAUGAUAAAAGAGAGAGAGAGGUUGGAGAUAAAACAGAAACAUCACAAGGAUGGCUUAGAAUUCCUCUGUGAGCAUUUGAGUGUCUGUAGUGGGCUUGAACCAAAGUCUAAAAACCCUAACCCACUGAACCACAAGCAACUGCUGUUUGCCCAUCUUGCCAAAAUGGUCCAAACACACUUCACGGAGGAUAGUCAUAGUCAGCAGUUCCUCACUUUGACUAUAGAGUGCAUUCUAUAAUUCUUCAUAUGGCAUUGGCAAAUAUACGCUUGUAUCUUUCCAGAGGCAAAGAGUUUCAAAGAUGGUGUUUUCUUUGAGACAGAAGCGCAUUGGUUAACUAAACAAUCAUUUAGCCCAUGCACUCAGGAGGAAAGGAAAUAGCUAUUGCAAAUUACUGUGUGCUGUGUUAUAAAAAUAAGCUUUCAGAGUGUAUGAGUUCUAGGUAAGCAGAAGGCACACAUUCAGAAUGAAUUGCAGAGAUCAGAGAAAACACACCUUAUUGCCACCAAGAACCUACAUGCCUCUAAAAGUUACAAUACUGUCUUUUAUAUUUUAAAAAAAGUUUCCUUCUGAAAUUCAAGAUGAUUAAGAUGAGGUGAAUUGCGUUUCCUAAUUUUUAUGCCUUGGAGCUUUCAGAGUCAAUUUCAAGUUGAAAAGUUCAGCAAGGUCAGAGAUGAUUCUGGCAUUUAGGGUCUGGUGGCUGGAGGUUUUAGCCCGGAGUGACAUAUUGAAAUCAACAGAUAACCUUAAUUAUUUUAUAAUGACACAGCACAACUGCCUUGUUAGGAAUUUUCUUAAACGCAUAUAUACUGUAUUUAAAACUUAAAAUAUAGAUACCAAUUUACCAAAGACACAUACUAAUUGUAAGCAAAAAAAUUUAAGAAAGAAACCCAAACUCAUCAUAAUUUAGGAAAUAAUAAUCAAAAACGUAGUUUGUCAUAAGAAUCUAGCAAGUUAUAUUGGGAAAUAGCACUUCCAACUCCUAAGUCCUAGAGUUUAUGUUCAAAUGGUGCCAGUGAAUUUUUAUAUGAAGGGAAAAUGCCUGCUUUUUUUUUUUUGUUAAACAGCUGUAAUCUCACUUGCCCCUCUGCGCUUGCCCACAGCUGCCAUCUAACAUACAAUAUUGGCUUCACUUAUCUCUAGAAAGGCGGCAUGCGACAAAUCGGAAGGAGUUGUAAGAAUGGUAUUUGGCCUCUACUUUGUCUUAGCUGUUAAACUGUUUUUAGUAUUUUUGUUAAAUAUUUGCAAAGGGAAGCAUUUUCUACAGAGGAUAAUUAAUUUCAAGAAAAAGAAUCUUGAGUUUUAAGAAAUAAAACAUCUCCAGAAAAGGAGACAAACGAUUUUAUAAAAUGUCGCAACUCUCCAACAUUUGGGGUGGUGACUCCUUUUUUGUUAGGACAUUUGAAACUAGCAAGUAGCCAUUGUUUCUUAAAAAAAGGAAAAAAAAAAUUCAGCCUUUGUGUGGAUUCACGUUUCUUUCACUUCAUUUUGAAAUAGCGAAAAUCAUUAAAACUGUAAAUAUUUUGUUGCUUGGAUAAGCAUCUUCUGGGAACUUUGUAUCUAUGGUAUAUAAUCAUAGAAUUUUAUAUUUUCAUAUAAAGCUAAUUUUUUUCUAGUUUCAAUUCUGUCAUAGUUUUUUUUGGUUUUGUUUUUCUUUUUUCCUUUGUAGUGGAUAUGUGAAUUCAACUUUCUGUGUAUUGAAGUAGCAGGAACCAUCUUUGCAUUCCAAAAGAAUCCAACACGUGUUAUUUCUUUGAGGCAGUGAUUGUGACCGUUGGGUUUCCUUUUAUAAUGUCAUUGACCAUUUGUGCAAUAGGAAUUAGACAUAAUUAGUCACACUGAAUACAUGUGUUGCAUUGACCCAUUUGGAUAAAGUGCUGUUUUUGUUUUUUUUUUUUAAUUUGUUCGGGGGGAGGGGUUUUGUAACCUGAAAUUUUUCCCUUUUUUUCUUCUGUUUAAAAGUAUAUCAAAUCAUUCUAUUAUAGUGUUAUUUAAUAUGUAAAUUGUAUUGCUAUACAUAAAAUAAAGUAUGGUUUUUGAUGUA